CCCACCUUCCACCCACCAUCAUCGCGCCUGCCCUGCAGUUGCAGUCUAUGUACUACUACUCUACUACUCUACUACUCUACAGUGUCUGCACACUCUAACCUACCCGAUUUUCUCCUCUUUUCCCUUUCCCACUUUGCACUUGCACUUACCCUACACUCACUCACCCUACACUUCCUUUUUACUCUCUUUAAUUCCCUCAUCUUUCUUCCUCUCUCUCUUCCUUUCAAGACUUCCUCCUCCUCAACAUCAUCAUCCUUCCUUCACUCUUCACUCUCUCCACCACCACCACCACCACCACCUACCGGAUUGCUGUCGUGUCUUCGUCGUAGCACUCUUUUUUCAAGAGCAGCUGCAUCGUUGUCGACUUCCACCUUUCGGACUUUCUCUACCUUUCCGCCCGUUCAAGACCUGCCUGCAUUAUUAUUCAAGCACGCACGCACGCACGCACUCGUCUUACACACUCCCCGUCGUGCCGCCGUCGCCACACCCUUCGGACAAGCCCUUCUCCUCCUCCCACAUUUCCCUUCUCCUUCUAAGACGACCUUCUUCAGUCUUCGCCAUGUCC